AUGCAUGAUCCAUCGCAGUUUGAAGUGAAAGGAGGACAAGACAGGUUUCAAUAUUGGAUCAACGGCACAGCUGGCACUGUAACAGAAACAGGUCCCUUGGAGUCCACAUUGGGUGGUUUCCCCAUUCAUUUUCGGGCCGUCAGCAAGAAACAAAACCUCUUUCGUGUGACAAACUUUGCUCCUGGUGUGGCCGUUGCCUUGGAGACGUACAAUGACUUUGUCCGUGUCAAUAUCCAUAGCAGCGCUAACGGCCCCCACUUUGCCGGAUCCGUGGGAUUGAUGGGAUCCUAUCCCACCGGCACCAAGGGUGUCGUCCAACAUCCCGAAGAGUGCGAAAUGCCCAAGAAUGUCGCUGCCUCUCGUCGCUUGCGAGAAGGAGCCCUGGACACGACCGAUGCCAAGGCAGCUUGUGCCCAUGUCCGUGCCCCGAAGGAGCGUGAAGCUUGUAUCUUUGAUGUGCUUGCCACCAAUGACAGGGACAUGGCAUCUUCCUACACGGUCUAG